AUGGACCCCAACGCAUUCUUGUCGUCCUUCGACGCGAUUGUAACACUGAGCAAUACGGAGGGGCCGAGGCAUAACGUCCUUGAGCCUAAAUUCACGGCAAGGGAACAAAUGCAAGCCUUACGAGAGUCUGUGAGAAAUGCGUACAAAGAAUCUCCUUCACAGACGGCGAUGAGCCAAAUCUGUCGGUGUUACGUUUUCAUUGGCUUCAAUAUGUUGGAAACCGAUGAAGAGACGGAGGGAGUAAGUGAAAUUUGCAAGGCGUACACUUUGACUCUCUUUGGUUCGAAGAAAGAGUUACUGGACGAUGUUGUGGACAUCGCGGCUCACCCGCUCGAGGAGAUUCUCAGGAAUGAGGUUCCGUUUGUCACGGCUGAAAAGGAGUAUGCGUUUGUCACGGAAUUUAUGCGUGUGCAUAACGCGUUGGGGUUUUAUUUCUCAAACCGCGAUGUUGAGUUGCGUAUCAACGACGCAAAGCAGGUUCUUAUUGUGGCAGAGAAGGCAUAUAGAGCAUGGAAUGAUUGGUUUCAUCAGUCUUUCCCUGGGCAUUGUCUCAUGAAGGACAUCCCUGUGUUAGAAAACGGUACUCUUGACCGGGCAAGCAUCUCUCCGGACGCACUGCCAAUUUACAUAGUUCGGUUUGAAAUGGAUACGGCGUUUACAUCCACGCUGUUCUUCUUGGCCCAAGUUUACACGGCAUGCAAGAUGACGGCACUGGCCUCACGUUACUGUCACCACACGUUGUAUCACCAACUGCUAAACAAAAUGGAGUUUUCAAAGAAGGACUGGGCAACGAACGCAUUGCACCUUAGUGCAUUUUAUAGCAGCUGCUUUGACUAUGGGAAGGCGUUACAUUGUCUUCGUGCGGGGGAGUACAUUAUGCCGGAGGAAAACGCGAACGAGGAGACUCUUGGGAUUGUGGCAUGGGCGUUUGGAAAGUUUUAUUUACAUCGGCUUCAUUAUUACUCCGAAGUGCGACGUAAUUGUGCACCGCGUGGCCAUUUUCCGGAUGAGUUUGAAGGAUGGUGGGUUGAUUUCCCACUUGAUAUUCCUCCACCGCAGCCACUCCCGGCAAUUGAAACUUUUGAAGACGCUCGUAAGUGCUUUAAGGAGGCAAACGUUUGGUUCAACAAGGCGCUAAAUUAUUAUGUGUAUGAUGGAUGUUGCACAGAGCAUAUUGAUAUUAAGAAGGAUAUUGCGCAGUUGUACGCGGCGCUUAUUCCUUUUGAGGAAAAUCGUGAUCGCAUCAUUGCUAUGCAUCAACGAAGGAUAGCGCUUAUCGAACUAUUUCCGAGUGACUUGAACUUUAACGCGUACCCUACACUUGUCCGUCAGUUGCUAUUUGAUUUGGGAGGCAUGCAUGAAGAGAUGCUGGAGGUUUAUAUUCAGCAGAAGAACAGUCCCAUGGAGGGGGAGAAACCGCUGUCCGAUAAGAAAAUAAAUGCAUUUGCAGAUAAGGUACAAGGGUUUUACAGGCGUUUCUGUGAUACAUGGAAAGAACCACAGACAAACAAGAUCCCCGAGACAAUAGACAUAGACUCUAGACUGCCCUUCUUCAGGUCGCUGAUGCGAUUGGCGCAUUUGCAGAUGAAGCGGUUUUUCAAGGAUCCAAAAGAAGAGUAUGACAACAUUUCUGCUAGUAUUGUAAUGUUUGAAAAGGCCAUUGCUUUUGCGUCUAGUAAUCCCAUGAACGAAGAGGCAGAUGCGGAGGUCCAGUUGGCUCGCGAGAUGGCGACUCUUUUACCCGUGAGGCAGAAGGACUUGUGGCGGGUAUACCACAAUGCAGUCUAA